CUGAGUGUAAUAGUGCUGCAAAACAGGGCUUUGGAGCGGAGCCCGGAGCUGGAGCGUGGACCAGUAGGUUUGCCCGGAGUCGGAGCGGAGCAAUUCAAAAAUUUGAUUGCUCCAAAUCCCUGCUGCCAAAUCCUGGCUUCCUUUGCUUAAGAGCAGCAAGGCUCUUUGUUUGCGUUUAUAGAAAUGUGCCUUUGAACUGCACAGUACAUACCACACAUUGCCUUUCCGAAAAGGCAAAUGCCACGUUUGUGUCUUACCUGUCUAUAAUCUUAUUCGGUAUUACCAGUCCAGAUGAACCUAGGAGUGUGAAAGAUAUGAGGAGCAAAGAUAUAGAGCUUAAAUUUCAACACUAAGAUAAAUGGAGCCAAACUCAUUCAUCCUUGAUAUAAUGGCUCCAUUAAGUCACAAGUGCAUGUGGCCGGUUGACUUAAAUAGAACUUCAUUCAUUAACUUUAUUUUCUCCCUCAGCCUUUUCUACACUAGGAUGAAUAUUUGUUGCAGUUUGCAGGUUUCAGCAAUGGGUGCAGGUGCUGAAUUUGGUUUGUCUGUACUCAGCAGUAAUUGAGCUCCAUCCAUUGCAGACCCCCUUUGUUGGCCACUGACUCCAUUAUUCUUGUGUGGACACGGCUUUUGUGUUUAAGGCAUUGGAUUUAUUUAAUUAGCAUUCAAACACUUUUGUUACCACAAUAGUAUUAUGCUACUGACAUGGUACAAAAGGCCAAGUAAACUUAGGUUAAUGAUUAGUUUGCUGUGCUUUCAUAUAUAAAUGAGAAUGAAAUACAAAAAGGCUACCUGCUGUAAAGCUGAUAGGCAAUUUGAGUCUCUCAGAUUACUUAAAACCAAGCAUUGAUCUACAGGUCAGAUCUCUGUGACUUUGGGUAUUUUAAAUUGUAUAGGUGCAUUGACUGUAACAUUUGAACCUUACUAAAUGGUAUCCUCUAGCCUCUUCCUUUCAAUUGUGGGCUCCUUUUAUACACUUCUUUCAGACUGAGAGCAGUAGAUGAAAGCUUGAUGACAGGAUGCAGUUAAUUUAAACACUUUGGACUGGUAACAGCUGGAUUUUCUCCAUCUAUUCACCCACCGGUCUGUCCAGCUGCCAGGCACGUCGCUUCACUGAAACGACCUGGUCCCUUAACAAUAAUUUAACCUUUUGGGCAUGUUGGUUAAUUUCCCCCCCCCAGGUUCCUGACUGUACCAGGUGAGCUAAAGGGGCGUUCUGUUGUGUCAUUUUUGAGUAAUGUAAACUUAAUCUUUGACGUUCAAUGAUGAAUUUAGCAAAGUAAAUGCUAAACAAAGAAUAAAUGCCAGAGCUCUAGAGCUGUAAUUCUAGUGGCUUUCCUGCUGGUUUCACUGAUUCUCCUUUACCCCAACAGGAGAGUCUCGCUGUGUAUUCUCUCCAGUUGUUGACCCUGUUAAUUAACAUUAGCUCUUAAUGACAGGACAGAAUACUCUAUAGCUUCUAACAAAUCCAAGUUCUACUCAUUGAAUGUUGCAGCUUGGGAGUGAUUCCUGCCUGUGUUUCAGACUUGGCUGUGUGUGAACUUGUUCAGAAUGUGGUGUGAUCAGCGUGUCUCACUUAACUCUGAUGUUGUCUCUUUUCCCUUCCUUUUUGCCUGCCUGCUGCUUUCAUUCUGUAGUAUUGGUAUUUGCCAUUCAUUUCACCUUCUGCAUCUAUGCAUCUCAUGAGCUCGGAGCUCUUCACUCUAACCUAUGGAGCUUUGGUCACUCAGCUGUGUAAGGACUAUGAGAACGACGAAGAUGUCAAUAAACAGCUUGACAAAAUGGGCUACAACAUUGGAGUUCGAUUAAUAGAAGAUUUUCUGGCCCGGUCCAAUGUGGGAAGAUGCCAUGACUUCCGGGAAACUGCAGAUGUAAUUGCAAAGGUGGCAUUUAAAAUGUAUCUGGGCAUCACCCCGAGCAUCACCAACUGGAGCCCAGCAGGCGAUGAGUUCUCCCUCAUCUUGGAAAAUAACCCUCUGGUGGACUUUGUGGAGCUGCCUGAUAACCACUCAUCUCUUAUUUACUCCAACCUCUUGUGUGGGGUGCUGCGAGGAGCGCUGGAAAUGGUUCAGAUGGCCGUGGACGUGAAAUUUGUCCAGGAUACGUUGAAAGGAGAUGGCGUCACAGAAAUACGGAUGAAGUUUGUUAGGCGGAUUGAAGACAAUCUCCCGGCUGGAGAGGAGUGAGCCACAGCGCAAUCUCCCCAAGGGACUGGAGGGACCAGCUGCUGUGGCCUGUAGCUCGUCAUGGACUCGUAGGGAUUUAGUGCCCCCUUUAAAUUCCAACUCCUAAAGACUCACUGACUGUUUACGUUGUUACAUUUCCAUUUUCCAUAUAAGACAGCCCUCUGGGUUACUCUGCUUAUCCCAUAGGUUCACUCUAAAGAUUUUCAUAGGGUGGAUAACUUUUUCAUACGACCCACAGAGACUCUUUCUACACUCAGUUUUUAGCUGGAUAUUUGGCUGUGGGCAAAGUUUGCUCCUUAAAUGCUAAAAGAUCUCCAGGCGAUUCAAGUAUGGGACUGAGUUUCAUAACCAAAAGAGAACUCAUCACGGGAGCUGCUUUCUUCUUGAGACACAUGCAUUGCUCCCACUGAUGCUUGUGAAGGCUAUACUAGGCUUGCAGAUGGAGGGGGUGACACAUGUGACUGACUGGCUAACACAUGUAUGUAGCAGCAAAGAAUGAAGCAUAUAAAGUGAAAGGAAUGGGAGCGCCUAAUGGCGCACACAGUUGGUCCUACUCUCUCCAGUUGUGCCUCUUCUUACUGAGGACACAAUGUCUGUAGUUAAAACACUGCAAUAGGCUCAUGGAGUGAAAAAGUGAUGGCAGAGCACUUCAGACAAGCCCUUUUUAUCCAAAAUAAAGCUUGGGGGCUUUUCAGUGCAAAUGAUCUGCUUCCAUUUGGGGUCAUGGUGCUCUUGGGGGAGAGGGGUUUGGUGGCAAAGCGAACUUCUGGUUUGUCAGGGACUGUAUUUGAGGGUCAGCAGCAUCAGGCUCUUAGUUCAUUUAGCAGAACAGAAUUUCAGUGGCCACAUUAGCACCCCGCGGCUCUCACUGUUGCACUAAUCCUCUUAACAUUUCCAGUCUCUGCUGAAAAAAGUAGCCCUGGUUAGCGUGCUAUGAAUAUUUGGUCUGAAACAUUUGUUAUUAAAUAUUGUUCUCCAAAAUAUACACUGAGAUACACACUGAUCUCAGCUUCUUACUCAAAGCAAACUACUCAUAACUAAUUCUGAGUUUAAUAGUUAAAUGCACAUAAAAUUAAAACCUCAUUAUCUUAAGGAUUAGACCGGGAAGGCUGCCUUAGAGUGUAGUAUCCUAACAGGAGGCUGGGCGCCUUCCUUCAGAGGAAAACGGUAUAAAGAUGAAGAGCAUAAACAGCAUCUCAGGAGAUUCAAAUUACCUGCUUCCUUCUUUUUGGAGGCAAGAAUUUUCAGUUUUUCUCCCACAACAAUGCUGCUAGGAGCCGAUCCGUGGAACAGUCUUGUGCUAUGGUGGUGGUCUGACUCUGUUAUGUGAUAAGGUUCAUAGGGGGACAAGUAAAUUGCAUUAUAAUGCCCUGAAUAUUUUUAAUAGAAAAAAUAAAUUACAGUGGCUGAAAUGCAUUCAGCAUUUCAUAUAGUGUACACAGCCUGGAUUUUAUUUCCACUGUCUGACAAAAUCUAGAUAUCAAAUCUAAACAGUAUGAAGUACUAAAUGCAUUUCAGCCAAUGUAAUUCCACUUUCCUGCUAUGAUAUAGAAAUACUCCGCAGUGUGAAAUGGGACUUUGGUACUUUCUGUUGUGCAUAGUUAGAUUAAAACAGAAGUUUCCACUUUAUUUUAAUUGGUAAGGUACAGCAAUUUAUAUUCUCUGCUCUUGUUUAGAAUAACUAAAUGAAUUGAAGUAGUGGUACUGGGUCUAACAUAAACCAAGAGGCUAGAAAAUUCACCCCUUUUGGCACGUUAUUCAAAUGGAAAAUUCAAUUGAACAUUGCAAAGUGCUUGGAGGAUGAAAAGCAUUUAAGUGCAAUGUUAUGAGAGACAAAUUUUAACAGGCAUUUUCAAAAUGAACCCCUCUGGGACAUGAGUUGUGACUACCUUAAUGUCAGCCUUAGCCAGGAAGUCGUGGACUGGACUGUGCAGACAAAUGUCCCCUUUUAUCUGUAGUGGGGGGAUGUCUCCAAGUUGAAGAUGAGCACACACUGAAAGAUGGUGUGAGUGAAGCUUGAGCUGCUGCCACCUCUGUUAUAUCUGUUCUAGGGAUAGACGCUGCAAAUCUGUCGCCUUUCACUAGCCUGAAAUGCCCUUUAGUCCACUUCUGUAAAAUCCUUUGCUGGGUACGUCUGUGACCGUGAAAAGCUCCCCCAUCUGAGUCAGAAUUUACCUUGGCGUUCAGUGCAAUUACAACUCUGAGCAAAUCCUGCCUCUUUCACUUGAUUCCUGAGGGCAAAGGUAGGUAUGAUUAUGAAGUGAACUACAGUCACCAAGUUCAUUUCACCCAGUCAGUGAGUGGAGUGCAGAAGGGUUUGAAACGGAACUGUCUAGAUUGUGAAUGUUCUUGUUAUGUAUUGGUCCAUCUACUGUCUUAUUUAUAUCCCUCUAUGAGAUAGAUGCCAGUUCCUGUUUUGAACAUUGAGCUGUCUGGAAUGUCACCCAUUGUGGAAUUCCUGCCUCACCCGAAUGAAUUCCGAUAGCUACAGGAGUUGAAUGCCCAAAAUAGUAUCUUGCAAUUCUCCCUUAAGGGGGCAGUAAGAGUCUAUACUUAGAGUUGCAUUGACAGAGCUGAUGGCUCUGUGUGUGUGUUGGGUGUACAAUUGCAAUGUGGUGUUUCAAAGAUGUGUAAGGAUCACUCAUUUGUUUCACUUUAUUGGUCCUUGUAAACCAUUUUAAGGCUGCAUUUUAAAAGCCAUUACAUUAAAAAACAUCCCAAUGAUGA